CGACAGAGAGUGCAAACACGUAUCGUUCCCUUUAAACACAGUCUUAUGACUGAACAGACCUCAAUCAGCCGGCUGAAGAAGUAGCGGGCAGCACACUUCUGAGACGAGGAGGAUACUAUAGCAAGCAAGCGCUCCGUGACUGGCCAGAUACCGAGCACGAGCGAACUGAGUUGCCCUCUUACUACCUCAGUGGGCUGAGAACCCACUGGUCCAAGCGUGAGCCCCAGUUCUGCGGACCCUGUUUCACCUGUCCGUUCUCCCAGGCAGCUCUGCCCCCUGUCCCUCAUGCUGUCGUGUCGCUUGAUGAUGACCUCACUCUUCCUCUGCCUCUGGUUGGGGGAGAAGGGGCAUGGGAGUGCGGGGGAAACUCUGGAGGAGCUGCACACGGAGUUUGCCGUCAGCCUCUACCAAACCCUCACCGAGACCGACAACAGCUCCAACCUGAUCAUAUCUCCAGCCAGCGUGUCCAUGUCUCUGGGGCUGCUGCAGUUUGGGGCACGAGGCAAUACCCUGUCCCAGCUGGAGGGGGCGCUGAGGUACAACUCCAACGAGAUCCGGAUGCAGGACUUCCUGCAGCAGGUCCAGGGGGACCCCAGUAACUCCACGCAGGCUGUGAGGGUGCAGCUGGCCUGCGCCCUGUUUGUGCAGAGCGGCAUGCAGCUCUCCCAGGAGUUUACCCAGCAUGCAUCAGCCUGGGCCAACAGCAGCGUGGUGCGCACCAACUUCAGCCAGCCCAACCACACUCGAGGACAGGUGGAGCAGUGGGUCCGUAGCCAUGGAAACGUGGGUGAUGUCCCCGCCCUCCUGCGCGGUGAGGAGCUGGCGGGAUUGGUGGAGGAGCAGGGUGAGCCCUCGGGGUGGGGUCAGACGCAGAUGGCUCUGGUCAGCAGCGUGGCCUUCAGGGGCACCUGGCAGAGGCAGUUCCUCUUCGCUGAGACCCGGAACCUUCCAUUCACCCUCUCCGACGGCACCACCACCAAAGUGCCCAUGAUGUACCAGGCCUCAGAGGUCAAAUUUGGCCAGUUCCGCACCCCCACAGACCACAGGUACACGGUGGUGGAGCUGCCCUACCUGGGCGACUCCCUCAGCCUGCUGGUGGCGCUGCCCAGCGAGAGGAAGCUGCCCCUGGCUCUGCUGGAGACGCAGCUCAGCUCCCGCGCCGUGGCGCUCUGGGCCAGCGGCCUGCGCAGAGCCAAGAUGGACGUCUUCCUGCCGCGGUUCAGGAUCCAGAGCAGAUUCAACCUGAAGUCAGUGCUGCUUUCUCUGGGCAUCUCUGACAUCUUUGACCCCAUGGCUGCGGACUUUGGUGGAAUCUCAGAGGAUGGCCUGUAUGUGUCAGAAGCCAUUCAUGAAGCUAAAAUAGAGGUGACUGAAGAGGGAACCAAGGCAGCAGCAGCUACAGCGAUGGUGUUGCUGAAGCGGUCACGCGCUCCCGUGUUUAAGGCGGACCGACCGUUCAUCUUCCUCCUGAGGGAGGCCAGCACAGGUUCAGUUCUCUUCAUGGGCCGAGUGGUGAACCCAGCGGGGCUAGCGUGA